UUCACUCGUCACUGCCGCCUUUGUUAAGGUUUCAGAAUCCCCGUUUUCUGUCUCUCCGGCUCUCUAAUCUUGUUCCGUGUUUUAUCUUUUGAUCCAUUUCCAUGGAGUCCAAUCAGUAGACUUUCUUUACUGUUGAGUAAUCUGUGUUGAAGAUUCGGGCAUUAGAUACAUCUCUGUGUACCCAAGUGAAAGUCCGAGGAAUGGCGACCAUGAACCCGUUUGACCUUCUGGGUGACGAUGACAACGACGACCCAUCUCAGCUCCUCGCUGCUCAGCAGCAAAAGCUUCCACCUUCAGCCCCGGCUGCCAAGAAGGGUCCUGCUCAGGCUCAGCCAGCCAAGCCCGCCUCCGCCGCCGCCGCCAAGAUGCCCUCCAAGCCUUUGCCCCCGGCUGACGCUGUAAGGGAGUCCAAAACUGAUUUUCAGCGAGGACGUGGUGGCCCACGUGGUGGGCGUGGUCGUGGUGGUGGCCGUGGCCGUGGGUUCAAUCAAGAUUCUAUAGACACUGAGAAUACCUUUGGCAGCAACAACGGUUUAUCAGGGGGUUAUAGACCUUCAGAAGAGGGAGAAGGUGGAAGGCCUUCUGAAAGAAGAGGAGGAUAUGGUGGACCUCGUGGGGGUUUCCGUGGUGGUCGCCGUGGAGGUUUCAGCAAUGGUGAAGCUGCAGAUGGGGAGCGCCCUCGGAGGACGUAUGAGCGCCGAAGUGGAACAGGGCGUGGGAAUGAAUUUAAGCGCGAUGGUUCUGGUCGUGGGAAUUGGGGAACUCCUACAGAUGAGAUAGCUCCAGAAACCGAGGAACCUAUUAAUGAAGUUGAGAAGACUGUUGAUACUGAGAAACAAACUAGCCAGGAAGAUACUGGAGAUGCCAACAAGGAUUCUCCGACAAAUGAGACAGAAGAAAAGGAGCCCGAGGAGAAGGAGAUGACUCUGGAGGAAUAUGAGAAGGUACUGGAGGAGAAGAGGAAGGCUUUGCUUGCAUCAAAGCCUGAGGAGAGAAAAGUGUGCUUGGAUAAGGAGUUUGCGUCUAUGCAGUUGCUUUCCAACAAGAAGAAUGAUGAAGAAGUCUUCAUUAAACUGGGGGGAUCUGAGAAAGAAAAAAAGAAAGAGGCUGGAGAAAAGGUUAAAAAGACGAAAAACAUCAACGAGUUUCUGAAACCUACUGAAGGAGAAAACUACUAUCGCUCUGGUGGACGUGGGAGGGGCCGUGGGCGUGGCCGAGGAGGAUACGGUGGAAACCUGUCCAGUGUUGACGCUCCAUCUAUUGAGGAUGUAGGGCAGUUCCCUACCUUGGGUUCAAAGUGAUGGACGCCCUUUUCCAUCAACACCUUAUGACUGUGACUUGUGAUUGUUUCGACUCAGAAACCCGCUGGACCUGGUUGUUUCUUUACUACAAUUAUCUUUUUAAACAUGUUCUUUUAAAUAGUGUACAUUUAGUUGUUACCGUCCGAGGGUUAUAUCUUCAACUUUCUUGGUUACAGUCUCUACUUUUAGAAUUUAGGUACUCUUUUUACUACAUCUUUGAUUUCUUUCUGGGAUCUUGACUUGAAUUGGUAACAGUUUUGUUUUCUCAAUCUGGGUUUUUAUUUCACUGCA